AUGUUCGCUACGUCCAGAUCAGGACCUUCCAGGCAAGUUCUCCGCAGGGGUCUUGCGACGACGACCGCUGCCCCUCCCCCCAUCACCGCCUCGGUCCUCCUGUCCCGGCAUGCCCUCCUGACGCCGACGGCCAAGCCCCUCGCCCAGGCUUACUACGAGUAUCAGUCCAAGCUGCGUCACGCAUUGUCCAACCCCGUCCCAACCGACUUUUACUUCAAGCCUGGCUCGCUUGCGCUGCGGCGUUUCCUCGAGUCGCAGCACGUCGUGGAUGACAAGUACUACGGCGCCAAGGUCGCAGGACCAAAGCCCGAGCUUGGCGAGGUGCAGCCCGAGCCACCGAUCGAGGAGAAGUCGCGAGACCACUGGGAGAAGGAGGACGCAGCGCGCGGCGAGCGUUCCCUCGAGCGUUUCCCCGAAGAGGAGGUGUUCUGCCUCGUCCAGUCCAAGGGCAAGUGGACGUUCCCUAGCACGUCAGUGCAGAGUGGCGAGGGACUCGACGAGGCCGUCACUGCACGUGUUACGGGCGUCAAGGGGCAGCUUAACGGGAACGGCAUGGACACUUGGCUCGUAACGCGCAAGCCCGUUGGCCUUGUGCGCAGCGGCGAGGAGAGGAACUUCUUCCUCCGCUCGCACAUCCUCGCGGGCGAGCCGCAGCCGACGAAGGAGUCGGGCUACUCGAACUGGGCGUGGCUCACGCGUGGCGAGGUCGAGGAGCGGCUGCGGAAACAGGGCGACGACAAGCUCUGGGACAGCGUCAAGGGCAUGUUUGGCGUCGGCAGCCAGGAGGAGUAG